AUGGAGGAAGAAAACUAUUAUGAUACUCUAGUUUUCAAAAAUGGUGGUAGUCCUCAGAAAGAAAACGAUGAAGACUCUACAAUUUAUUCUACAGUUAAAUCUAAAGUUCCUGCAGCAACUGUAACAACUGGAGGAGCAGCAGCGGCACACUCCCGGCACUUUGUCCUGCUGCUGGUGUGUUUGGGGAUUCUCUGCGUCCUGCUCAUCGUGUGCAUCAGAGUCAUCAUCUACAUCUUCGGGGUCAUGAAGGCCCAUGAAGAAGACAGAGAUGAUCUCAACAGGACGCUCAGAGUCAUCAUGAUGUUCCAAAACUUCCCAGUCAAUGCAUUCUGCCCCCAAAAAAAGUGUAAGCCAUGCCGGGAGAGUUGGAUCCCGUUCCAGGAUCACUGCUACCUGUUUUAUGAGCAAGGCUCUCCCUGGAAGACAUGGACGCAAGCACGAGCAUUUUGUCAAAACACUAACGCAGACCUGGUUGUUGUCGACAGUUUACAAGAGCAGGAAUUCAUCAAUAAGCACACCAAGUUCUACCACGACAUACAUCAUGCAUACUGGAUGGGAUUGCGUCAAAAUGAGGAGAAGAAGUGGAUCUGGCUUGAUGGACGCAAUGAGACUUUGGGGUUCUGGAUUCAGGAGAGAGUCAAAAACUCUGGUGGAUAUGCGAUGACAUAUCCUGGGCAUAAUGCGACAGCCAGCUGGGGCCCAGCAUGGGAUGGAUUUUCGAACAAAUUCAUCUGUGAGCAUGAAGCCCUCAUCAGGACUCCAGUCAGUUAGCAAGUUGGGUUUUCUUGUUUCAAAUUUUGCAUGCAAAUUGAAAUUUACAAACUGGUUCCACCAGUGUUUGGAAAAUGUAAGUGCACACGAAACACACAAAAAACAAUAAUGGAUACAACAUAAGGAAAACAACAAAGGGUGUUUGUCGUGCAAGUGUUCAUUUGAUGUAUCUAUGAUUUUGUGUAAACAUGCAUUUUUAUUAGCUACUGUGUACGAUCAAUUUGGAUGAAUAUAUUUUAAUGUGUGAAAAGUGUAAAGACAAGAAGCCACAACCUGGUUUCCACAAUAAUUAAUAUUUGGUCAUUUACAAAAAUAUAUAUACAAAAUGUCC